CUAAAUCAUUCAACUGAUUACAUUCGCGCGUACUUUUGUCUCUUCUGAACUUUUCCGAGCGAUGCUAUUACUGAUUCUAAGGUGUUUUUAAUUCUUCGUGUUAACGAGCUUCUUCUGCGUUUGUGGUGAGACUGCGAGUUAUGUCGCCGACAGCUGAUAGCAAACAAGUCAUCAAAUAACAUUCUUAAUCAACUUAAAUAGUUCCGCCUAAAUGUCGUUACCUAAAAUUGAAUGCCCUAACAAUAUCAUUGUGCAACACCAUUUGCGUAGUAGCUAUUUUUAAGAAGUGAUGGAGGUCUGAGUAUGAAGUUGCACUGAUGUAUGCAAAAUACGUUACGGUGAAAUGGAAUGAAAAGGCUUUUGUUUUUUAACAAUGUUUCUUUGUUAGAGGAAGGAAGUGGACGUUUGUGUCUGUGCACUUUAAACGCACAGAAUUUUUUUAUGUAAUAAGGUGAUGUUAGCGCGCCUGUAAACGACGAGAUGUUUGUGUGGGGUGCAGUUUGGUCAGUGUAUCGUUGGUAACAAAACAAACGGAACGGCUAGAAAUAAACGCAAUGUGCUAAUUACGCCCUCCUUGUUUAGGUGCGGUAUUAUAGCGGAUAUUAUAAAUACGUAUACUAAUUACAACGGCUAACUUUUAUCACACAUUGUAUUGGAACACUUUAUGAUCAUAUUACAUCAGAAUGUUUGCGUCGUUGAAAAGACAUUAUGAUCAAGCGAGCGUGACGACUUAUUGACAUAUAAACCGCAUGAAGAAAGAUCCAAUCAGUCAAAAUGAACAGUUUAAGCGUGAAUGUGCUAAUCGCUUUAAAUCUUCUCAUCUUCGUCCAAGCAUCUUUCAACUCUGUUCUCAAAUGUCCUGAUGAUUGUUCACGACUGAUGUGCAUGAAAGGAAGACACUUGAAGAAAAUUUGUAAAAAUGGAAUUGUAUAUGAAGCUUGUGGUUGUUGUCGCACAUGUGCGAAAGGUGAAGGCGACAUUUGCGGCGGUCCAAUGGAUAUGUAUGGCAAGUGUGGAGAACGUUUGAUGUGUUAUCCUCCGAAAGUGAAACCGGGAGACCUUGGCACUUGUCAACCGAUCCCAAACAAACCGCCGCAGUCACGUGAAAAGAAUGGCAAGACGAAAGUAUACGAGAAAAAAUGUCAUCCGAAAUGUACUUUCGAAUUCUGUUCAAAAUGGCCAAAUUCUAUUUGCUCUGCUCUGGACAACGCAGUGAUCGAUCGCAGUUGUCAACGCAAGUGUCAACAUACACACUGUCAAGCGUGUUAUUUUAAAACAAAGCGAGAAUCGCCCUGCCCCAGGUGUGCAACAGAUGACUUCGAAUGUAUGAAAACGUUUGCGAGCUGCAUCCGUCAUGAGACAUGCACUAAACAUAAAUACCCUUGUGAAGCCAAACAAAAGAGAAAGAUCGAUGGCAAGUUUAUAUGCAAAGUAGCUCCCUGUACAAAAUAGUGUCAAAAAUAUUUCAGUAUAUAUAAUAGUGGAAUGUAGAUAUAUUUAUUUUAAAAGUAUUUAGUUCAAAUCAAAAGUCCUUUU